AUGGUUGCGACCUCCGUAAUCAGCAAGGGCUCCGAGUCUCUCGAUGUCUUCACCCGGCGAUCGCAGCCCAAGAUCGAGAUCAACCUGCUAGAUCAGACACCGGGCCUGGUCAACUCCUAUACAACGGGUGAUCAGAUUGAGGGGACUGUAUCCAUCACUGUCGACCAGGAGACACGUUUCGAUGAAGUGGAAAUUGUCCUACAAGGUACAUCGCACACCACGGUAGAACGUGCAUCGUGUCCGGGCCGUACAGGAUCCCAGCAGAUGUUCCUGAAGCUCCGCCAACCCGUGGAUGAAACAGAAUACUCCACCCCGCGACUCUUCGAAGCUGGUCAUAAAUACAGCUUUCCCUUUACCUUCGUCGUCCCCGACCAGUUGCUUCCCCAGGUGUGCACUCACUCCAGGAACAACCACCAGGUCCACCGAUCUCACACUAUGCUCCCGCCGACUUUGGGAGAUCCCAUGCUGGCCGGCAAUGGAAAGACACUGCUCGAUGAUAUGGCCCCGGAUAUGAGCCAGAUCUCAUAUAUCAUUCGCGCCGCAGUCAAUAAGAGAUCCACGGCCGAUCAUCGCCAGAUCAAAGCGUUGGCCAAUGUUGCGAAGAAGGUUCGCAUUAUCCCCGUGGUCGAGGAGGAGGCCCCUAUCAACACGGUCGACCACACAUACUACUGCACUCGGAAGGAGAAGAGCGUGAAGCGUGGAUUCCUGCGCGGAAAGCUGGGGCGAUUGGUAGCCGCGUCUGCGCAGCCAAAGCCUAUUCGACUAUCCCCUCCCAGCUGUGAUGCCCGCGAUACUGUGAGCACUGUGGCUACCGUUCAGCUUCGAUUUGACCCCGUGGGCAACGAGCAACCACCUCGCCUCGGCUCCAUGGUCAGUAAGCUCAAGGUGAGCACCUUCUACAGUGCCACUCCCUGGGAGGACUUCCCCUGCCAGGCUGGCACCACGCCCUUCUCCCAGAUCGGACAGGCCCUCUUCACUGAGACCGUCCCCUUGUCCACAAUGUGUGUAGCUUCCGCCCAAUGGCAGAAACACUCCAUUCUUUCCGACGCCGAUCGUCGCGACUCAUUGAACUCAACCUCCUCAACAGCCUCAGAGCAGUCAGUCAGCCCGUCUUCCGAAUUCCUCGGAGAUACCUACUACACCGCAUCAGUCGUGAUCCCCAUCACACUCCCUAAAACCAAGACAUUCGUGCCAACCUUCCACUCAUGCCUGAUGUCUCGCACAUACUCCCUCGACCUCUCCCUAACAUAUCACACUCCUGGCACCAACGUCCUCACGCCAACAAUUUACCUCCGUCUUCCGAUUCAGAUCACCACCCAGCCAAAAUACGAUACCCUCAAGUCUGCCAUCGAGGGCGUUAUCGUCACUCAAGAAGAAGUAAACGCAUUCUUCCGGCCCCGCACUGUGAGCCCGCCCACCACCGAGGCAGUCAUCGAUGUGAGCCUCGCACCACCCGAGUACUCGGAGACCAUUUCUUCUGCCCCCCGUGUCGCUGCUACAUGA